GUUUACAGAGAUGCGGAAAAAAAGAAAAAAGAAAAAAUGUAUCAGGAACAUCUCUACAUGAUAUCCAAAAUAUUUUUCAGCUGGGUGUAGAACCACCACCUGUUAGUAUUACUGCUAUUUUUGGAAGAGAGCCUCUAGAAAUGUCGACUUAGACUUGCUUCUCUCUCCUCUCCUCGGCCCCAUCAGCCCCAGUAUCAUCAUGAGGGCAGCCAUGUUAGGAGACAGCAUCCUCACCCUGGCCAUGAAUGUAGCCAGGGCCAGAGAACAGACUCAAGCAGUACAGUACAAGUAUCCUGACUUCCCAGCAAUGAUUGAGUGGAUCAGAUACAACACCUGAUCUAAGUUUUAAAAUAUUCUGAUAACUAUGCCUGAAAACAAGACAGUUUCCUCUUCUUCCACUAGAGAUGAUCAAACCAAUACAGGUUUAACAUGUCAGGAAGUAAAGGCUCUCAGAGAAAAGGCAUGGUCAAAGACAAAUGAAGACAAUGCCACGUCUCAGAGUUUGGUUCUAUAUGGAGCCUCUAAGGAGAACAGUGAAAGUUUUCAUGAAAGUAAAAUGACAAAUACUGAAGGGGUGAAUAAAGGCAUUUACUUUAGCUACCCAUGCCGACGUCACAGCUGUGCUGUAGUAAACAUCCCAGCACCUUGUGUCAACAAAAUGAUUUCACACAUCCAAGAUGUGGAGUCCAAAAUACAGGAGCAUUUGAAAAGGUUUGAAACUUCUUUUGAAGAAUGGAGCAGAAUUUCCACAAAAGAGCUGAAAGAAGAUUGGAGUGUAGCUACACCAGUGAAAGAGGUCAAACCAGAAGAAAAGAGAGAUGAAAAGUGUCCAGAGUUAAAGCGGGAAAUGGAAACAUUGCUCUCAGAGGCCGUUCAUCUCAUUAAAAGUCUAGAAACUGACCGGGCAGAAGCUGAAGCAGCUUUAAAACGACAAAGAUCAAGAAAGAACAUGAUUAACUUGAAAAUUGACUCUUGGUCAGUCUGGAAACUUCAAGAACUCCCAUUGGCUGUGCAGAAAGAACACGAGGCCUGUUUGAGAGAUGUUAUAGAGUUACAAUGGCAUCUUGAAGAUAAAGUUAAUCAACUAGAACAUUUUGCAAAACAAAAGAUGGAGUUAGAAGAAGCAAAUGCAAAGAUUCAAGCAGACAUAGACUACAUGAAUGAACAUGGCCCUCUACUGGACUCUAAGCGGAAUCAGGAACUUCAAGAUCUGAAGAACCAUUAUAAAAAAAAAAAGGAGGUAAUGGACCUACACAGAAAAGUUUGUGAAGAACUUGAAGAAGCUUUAGAAGCCUGUGAAAAUGCCAGACUGAAGGCUCAGCAAAUUAAAGAAGAGAUGGAUAAAGAUAUUCACCAGGAUGAAAAAAGCAUAGAGGCCUACAAGAGAGAGAUGUAUCAACUUACCAGUCUAUAUGAUCAUUACUCUUCAUCAGUGAUAAAUGUUAAUACUAAUAUUGAGGAGAAGGAAGAGGAAGUGACUGAAGCAAUAAGGGAAACAAAGUCAUCAAAAAAUGAAUUACAUUCUCUUUCAAAAACGCUGGAAGAUUUGAGAAGAGUUUAUGACCAACUAAUCUGGAAGCAAAAAAGUCAGGAAAAUCAGUAUCAGGAAGCAGUUAAUGAUUUUUAUGCUGCAAAAAAAACAUGGGAUAUUGAGCUUUCUGAUGUUGCAAAAGAUUAUUCAGCUAUUUCUUUGGCAUGUACAAAACUGAUGGAAGACAAUAAAAAACUUGGGAUUGAUAUUAACAAAAUAACAGAACAAAUCAAUGAAAGUAUAAGGAAAAAAUCACAAUAUGAAUCUGAAAUAAAAUCUUUGACCAUGAUGAAGUUAAAGAAUGAGAAACAUCUCAAGAGCCUCUAUAGGGAGGCUUAUCGCAUUGGUACUGUUUUCCACCUAACCAAACACAAGACAGAUGAAAUGGAAGAUAAAAUAGCAGAAGUGAGAAGAAAGUUCAAGGGUAGAGAAGAAUUCCUGAAAAAACUCACUCGAGGUGAAGUGGCUGCUGGAAUGGUGCUUCAGAAAAAACUGUAUUCCAUUUACGAAGUCCAGGCACUUGAGCGGAAAGAGCUUUUGAAAAAUAGGGCAAUAUGUGCCAUAUCACUGGCAGAACUACAGGAACCUGUGCUUCAACUGGAAGAUGAAGCUGAAAGAAUCAGAACUCUCUACGAAGAACAUUCUGCUGUACUUAAUAAUAUACUUGAUCAGAAAGAUUUAAUUAGAAGAAAGGUGGAAAAAGUAAAGAAAAAAUUACGAAAAAAGGGGAAGAAAACACUUGAUGCACUAAUAGCAACUGAGAGUAAACGCUCAGCAAUUUUUAAAGACUUAGAAGCAACUAAAAGUAAGACAAUGAUUUUUUAUGCAAAAAUAAAUGAAUUGAAUGAGGAAUUAAAAGCAAAAGAAGAAGAAAAGAAAAGUUUUGAUCAGAUACUUGAAGUGUUAAAGAACAAAUUUGUAACUAUGAGAUUUAAAAGGGAACAUGCACAAGCUGUGUUCGAUCAUUAUAUGCAAGAGAAAAAAGACUGUGAAGAGAGAAUCUUUGAGGAAGAUCAGAGAUUUAGAGUGCUCCUUGCUGUGAGACAAAAAACUCUUCGAGAUACCCAAAAAAUAGUAGCUGAUUCACUUGAAGAAAAUCUGCGUUUAGCUCGAGAGUAUCAACAGCUACAGACUACAUUCUUAAAGGAAAAGGACAAUUAUUUCACUAUAUAUGAUAAACAGCUAUCACUUGAUACUUCAAUUAGAGACAAGAAACAGCUCUGUCAGCUGCAGAGAAGGAUGCACAGGCUGUGGCAGGAGCACUUCAAACUGGUGGUCCUCUUCAGCCAGAUGAGGCUGGCCAACUUCCAGACAGACUCUCAGGAGAGUAUUCAGAAAAUAUUAGCUGUGCAGGCUUUGCAGAUGUCAUCCAGCUGUUUAAAAGAUGUUGACACAAGAUACUGUGUGCUGCUUUUGUGCAAAAUCCACUUCAGUGAAAAUAACCCUCUUAUGUUUACUUAGUUUAACCGUUGUCUUUUCUUUUCUGUUUUGCAAGAGGUUCAUCCUAAGCAGAUUUGGAGAUGACUUUAUUUGAAAGAUAAGUAACUUGAGACUAGAAAGUAGCUGUGGUUCUAGAUGCAUGUGAGAUUUUACUCCUUGUUUCAAUAAAAAGAUUUAGCAGAUACAUUGUUUCAUUUUAAGAAUGAUAUAUUUUAGAAACCCACAUUAACUAUGUGAAGACAAUUCUUAAAUAUUAGUCAAACUUUUAAAAAAUUAAUGUUUUACCAUAUUAAAUGUUACUGCAUGCAUAAAACAUGACCUCCCAAAGAAAAACACAUACUACCUUAUUCUAUUAAGUAACAAAAACUAGAAUGCCUGUUCUAUGUAAAACAAAAACAUAAAAUCACACUUUUCAGUAAUAUGAAAUGAAUGCUGAACCCUAAACCAAAUCUUUUUCUAAACAUUUUAUUAUACAUGCAUUUCAUAUUGCUUUUAACUCGAGUAAAGAAGAUUUUGCAAAGCUCUUGAAAGGCUAUGAAGCUGUUUCAAAUUUCAUUUCUGCUGUUGUCCUUUUUUUUGGUAUAUUCUGAGGAUUGUGUGUGUGUGCACUUUAUAUAUGGGAUGUAUUGAUAAUGGGUUAUAACAAAACAUUUAAAAUAAUUGAAGAAAAAGGAAGAUUUUGAAAGGCAGUGCUUACCACAUGUAGAUUUAAUCAAAAUUUAUGUACAAGCCUGAGUACAAACUACAAUUGCAUUAUUUUAGAAGUCAGGAGCGUCUUGUUUUCCGUAAGUCUGUUAAAAUGUAACACAUUAUAUGGUGGCUAGAACCUGUGAAUCUCUUUUAAAUAUUUAAAGGUAAUCUGCAUGUUCUAAUUAGUAUCUUAGAAAAAUCUAUAUUUUUGUCCAAAUGGUCUUAAAAAUCUACAAAUGAUAAAUUCUCACUGAAUUAUUAUGUAUUUUCAAAUAUUUAAAAUGUCAUUAG